AUGGCGGAAAUUGUGGUUGCAGAGCCCAGUAUUGCGAGUACCAGCAGCAACACUGGUGGUGGAUAUGGUUCCAACAGUGGGACGAAACCCUUUUAUAUUCGAUCGAUUACGUCUGGGAACGAUGAGUAUGUUCCUGAGCCAUUUGAUUCUGAGAAGUUGCCAGUCACUUUGAAAUCAGAAAUCCAGAGGUUUCUUCGUGUUGCUAAUUUGAUUGAUGCCCAAGAGCCUCGUGUUGCUUGUUUGUGCCGUUUUCAUGCUUUCGUAGUUGCGCAUGAUUUGGAUCGUAAUUCAAAUGGGCGUGGAGUUCGGCAGUUCAAGACUGCUCUUCUUCAGCGACUCGAACAGGAUGAAGAGGUUACUUACCGAAAACGGAAGGAAAAGAGCGACGUACGCGAAGUCAGGCGUGUUUAUCGUGAAUACAAAGAUUACAUAAUCAAACAUGGUGGAGAAAGUACUUUGGAGAACAGGGAUGUGCUGACUAAAGCUCGUGUGAUUGCUCCGGUAUUACAUGAAGUGUCGAAUACACUUACGAAGGCUGCCGGCACUCAGGCCCAUGCUGAUAACGACUUUAAAGGAAGAUCCGAGUUCUAUGAUUAUAACAUUCUUCCCCUUGAUCACGGAGGUGUUCAUCAAGCAAUCAUGCAACUCCCUGAGAUUAAAGCUGCAGUCGGCGCUGUUCGUAAUGUUAUCGGUAUACCUUUCGUCGAAGAGUUCAGCAAUCACGAGCCUCAUUUUGAUUUGUUUGACUGGCUCCAACAUUGUUUCGGAUUUCAGAAAGGAAACGUUGCGAACCAAAGGGAGCAUUUGAUUCUACUUCUUGCAAACAUUCAUAUUCGUCGCUGCAAUAAACCAGCAAACACAUUGAAGUUAGCAGAUGGUGUUUUAGAUGAGCUGAUGAAGAAAUUCUUCAAGAACUAUACAGAAUGGUGCAAAUUCUUAGAGAAGAAGAACAGCAUAAGGUUGCCGUUUACAGAUCCAGAAGCGGAACAAUACAAACUUCUGUACAUAGGUCUUUAUCUUCUUAUAUGGGGAGAGGCUGCUAAUUUACGGUUCAUGCCCGAAUGUCUUGCUUACAUUUUUCACCAUAUAGCAUUCGACUUGCAUAGUAUUUUGAUGGGUGAUACCAUCCUAUCAACGGGCGAUAGUUUCUUGCCUUCGUAUGGCCGAGGUCCCGAGUCUUUUCUUGUUAACAUGGUCACUCCAAUAUAUGACGUUAUUCGCAAGGAAGCCAUGAAAAACCAAAAUGGGAUGACUGAUCAUUCCACCUGGAGAAACUACGACGAUCUGAAUGAGUUCUUCUGGUCGCCUGAUUGUUUCCAGCUGGGCUGGCCGAUGAAUCAGAACCAUGACUUCUUCUACGUGCAGUCUCCCGAGGAUCCUAAAAGCAAAAACAAUAGGGGAUCGGGUAAACCUACGACAGACAAGAAGAGAGAAAACAACGAUGAAGAAAUGGAGCUCAACGAAGAAGAUCAAUCUAAAGAUGGCGAGUCUAACGUGGAGGACAAGAAGGAGAGAAAAUGGUUAGGAAAAACAAACUUCGUAGAGUUCCGCUCAUUCUGGCAUGUUUUCAGAAGCUUCGAUAGAAUGUGGGCAUUUCUAAUUCUAUCGCUUCAGGCAAUGAUAAUCAUGGCAUGUCAUGAUCUAGAAUCCCCGUUACAGAUGUUUGAUACACCCAUACUCGAGGAUAUUAUGAGCAUCUUCAUCACAUCCGCUGUUCUUAAACUAGUUCAAGCCGUUCUUGAUAUCUCGUUCACGUGGAAGGCUAGAUCGACAAUGGACCAUUCUAGAGCCAGAAAGCAUACAUUGAAGGUGGUGAUUGCAGCGAUAUGGACCAUUGUCCUGCCUAUAUUCUACUCUAAAACUAGAAGAAAGUAUACUUGUUAUUCAUCACAAUACCGAAGCUGGCUUGGAGAGUGGUGUUAUUCAUCGUAUAUGCUCGUAGUCGCGUUCUACUUGAUGUCUAAUGCCGUCAACAUGAUCCUCUUUUCCGUACCCGCGAUUGGUAGAUACAUCGAAACCUCAAAUUCCAAGAUUUCUUCUAUUUUAUCGUGGUGGACACAGCCUAGGUUAUAUGUGGGAAGAGGAAUGCAAGAGUCGCAAUUCUCGCUUCUGAAGUACAGUCUAUUCUGGGUGUUGUUACUAUUAAGCAAAUUGGCAUUCAGCUAUAGUUUUGAGAUAAAGCCGCUCAUAGCCCCAACGAGACAGAUAAUGAGUAUUGGGAUCACAAAGUACGACUGGCACGAGCUUUUCCCAAGAGUCAAGAAUAAUGCCGGUGCGAUUGCCGCUAUCUGGGCACCGGUCAUAAUGGUAUAUUUCAUGGACACCCAGAUUUGGUAUUCUGUUUUCUGUGCAAUCUUUGGAGGACUUUACGGAAUCUUGCAUCAUCUUGGAGAGAUUCGCACCUUAGGCAUGUUGAGGAGUAGAUUUCAAGAUUUACCGUUGGCCUUCAUGAAUUCUCUCAUUCCGCAUCCUUCGAAAACCGAUAAACAUCUAAACAGGAAAUCUUUCUUGAGCGAGAUGUUUCAGAAGGUGUCCGAGAAACAAAUGAGGAACGGUCUAGUGAAGUUCGUUGUCGUAUGGAACGAAAUCAUUAACUGCUUUCGGGAGGAGGAUCUCAUAAGUAAUAGAGAAGUCGAGUUGAUGAAGAUGCCGUUAUCAUCCGAGUUACAUUCUGGCGUCGUUUAUUGGCCGAUUUUCCUCCUAGCAAAUAAGUUGCCUAUGGCCUUAACAGUCGCAAAAGACUUCGUCGGUGAAGAUGCAAAUCUUUCUAAAAAGAUCAGAAGAGAUGUUUACAUGUAUAUCGCUAUAAAAGAGUGUUACGAUUCACUGAAAUACGUUCUUGAUAUACUAGUUGUCGGAGAUCUCGAUAGAAGAAUCAUAGCUGGGAUCGUAGACGAGAUUGAAGAAAGCAUUAGGAAAUCGACAGUUCUUAAAGAUUUCGAUCUAAGCGAGCUUCUAACUCUAUAUGCUAAAUGCAUAGAUUUGGUUGAACUUCUGGUUGAGGGGAAUAAGGAACAUCAUACGAAAGUCGUGAAAGUGCUUCAAGAUGUUUUCGAAAUCGUAACUAGUGAUAUGAUGAAAAACGGAUCCAGAACGCUGGCUUCGAUCCAUGCUUACCAUCAAACCGAAGGAUGUUCAACGACGUAUUUUGAUGACGUUGAACCCGAACCACCGCUAUUUGCAUCAAAGCAUUCUAUCCAUUUCCCAUUGACAAUUAGCGAUUCUCUUAAUGAGAAGAUCAAGCGUUUCCUUUUGCUGCUUACUGUCAAAGAUACAGCAAUGGACAUACCUUCAAACCUCGAUGCACGAAGGCGUAUAUCGUUUUUUGCAACGUCCCUAUUCAUGGAUAUACCUCGAGCUCCAAAAGUGCGCAACAUGCUAUCUUUCAGCGUUUUGACUCCGCAUUUAAUGGAAGAAGUUAAAUUCUCUACAAAGGAGCUAAAUUCACAAAAAGAUUACGUUUCCAUCGGCUUCUAUAUGCAGAAAAUAUUUCCAGACGAGUUGGAAAAUUUCCUGGAACGAAUGGGGGUUGAAAAUCUAGAGGAGCUAGAUGAGCACGGAAAGGAGGAGCUUCGAGAUUGGGCUUCUUUUCGUGGACAAACUCUAAGCAGGACGAUCAGAGGGAUGAUGUACUACCAGAAGGCCCUAAAGCUGCAAGCUUUUCUCGACAUGGCUGAAGACGAUGAUAUUCUUCAAGGUUAUGCUGCAAUCGAAGGGGGGAACGAUACACUAUCCGCUCAGCUUGAUGCACUCGCAGACUUGAAAUUCACUCACGUCGUGUCUUAUCAACUUUUCGGAUCACAGAAGACGUCUGGCGACCCUCAGGCACAAGAAAUCAUCGAACUUAUGAUAAGGUACCCAUCCUUACGUGUUGCUUAUGUUGAAGAGAGAGAAGAAAUAGUCGAAAACAAGCCACUAACGACUUAUUCAUCCGUUUUAGUCAAAGCGGUCAACGGUCUUGAUCAGGAGAUAUAUCGCAUAAAGCUCCCGGGUUCUCCAAAUAUCGGAGAAGGGAAACCUGAAAAUCAAAACCAUGCCAUAAUUUUCACUCGUGGUGAAGCUCUACAAGCAAUUGAUAUGAAUCAAGAUAACUAUCUAGAAGAAGCGAUCAAAAUGAGAAAUCUCCUUCAAGAAUUUCUGCCAAGAUCGGGAAAACGUCCUAAAAUCCUCGGUUUAAGAGAACACAUAUUCACCGGAAGUGUUUCUUCUUUAGCAUGGUUCAUGUCUUACCAGGAGACUAGUUUCGUCACAAUCGGUCAAAGGCUUCUAGCGAAUCCUCUUAGGAUAAGGUUCCAUUAUGGACAUCCAGAUCUUUUUGACAGAGUGUUUCAUCUAACAAGAGGUGGCAUAAGCAAAGCUUCAAAGACAAUCAACUUGAGUGAAGACAUUUUUGCAGGAUAUAAUACGACAUUACGGCGUGGACAUAUUACGUACCACGAGUACAUACAGGUCGGUAAAGGUCGUGAUGUGAGCCUAAAUCAGAUCUCGAAAUUUGAAGCGAAAGUAGCAAACGGAAACAGCGAACAAACUCUUAGCCGCGAUAUCUACCGGCUCGGACGUCGGUUCGACUUCUUCCGCAUGCUUUCUUGUUACUUCACAACAGUCGGUUUCUACUUCAGCAGCUUGAUAUCGGUGAUUGGGAUUUACGUGUUUCUAUACGGGCAGCUCUAUCUCGUGCUAAGCGGUUUAGAAAAAGCGUUACUUCUCGAGGCUAAAGUGCAUAACAUUCGGUCGUUGGAGACGGCACUAGCAUCGCAAUCGUUUAUUCAACUUGGAUUGUUGACGGGCUUACCGAUGGUGAUGGAAAUUGCACUCGAGAAAGGAUUACUUAGUGCCCUUAAAGAUUUCGUUCUUAUGCAGCUGCAAUUAGCGGCUGUUUUCUUCACAUUUUCGCUCGGCACAAAAACCCACUAUUUUGGCCGAACCAUACUUCACGGCGGUGCCAAGUACCGACCCACGGGAAGAAAAGUCGUGGUCUUCCACGCCAGUUUCACGGAGAACUAUAGAUUGUACUCACGGAGCCAUUUCAUGAAAGGGUUUGAGCUGCUACUACUUCUGAUUGUUCAUGAUAUCAUCAGACGAUCCUACCGAAACCACAUGAUGUACGUGAUGAUUACGUCUGCCAUCUGGUUCUUAUCGUUAACCUGGUUGUUUGCCCCAUUUCUGUUUAAUCCUUCCGGUUUCGAUUGGGGGAAGAUAGUCGAUGAUUGGAAAGACUGGAACAAAUGGAUUAAACAGCAGGGUGGGAUCGGGAUUCAACAAGAUAAAAGCUGGCAGUCGUGGUGGUAUGACGAACAAGACCACCUGCGGUAUUCGGGAUGGGGUUCUCGGAUCAUCGAGAUUCUUCUUUCAUUGCGAUUCUUCAUUUACCAAUAUGGUCUAGUAUAUCAUCUCGAUAUAGCUGGCUCGAACAAAACCGUUGUCGUUUAUGUCCUUUCAUGGGUCGUAAUCGUCGUCAUUUUCCUGUUAGUCAAGGUCGUAAAUCUCGGCAGGCAGUAUCUGAGUGAUAACCAUCAGCUUUCUUUCAGGCUAUUCAAAGCUUCGCUUUUUCUAUCAGUUAUCGCAACCAUAAUCGCUCUUUCUUACAUCUGUCAACUAUCUGUGUCGGAUUUGAUCGUUUGUUGUCUUGCGUUUCUCCCCACCGGCUGGGGUCUGAUACUGGUUGCUCAAGCGUUCAGGCCAUUAAUUCAAGGUACAGUUCUGUGGAAAUUCACACGGGUUUUCGCCCAAGCUUAUGAUUUCGGGAUGGGGAUUAUUCUUUUCACUCCGAUAGCUUGUUUGGCAUGGCUUCCGAGCAUUUCGGCUUUUCAGACUCAAAUUCUUUUCAACAGAGCUUUUAGUAGGAGACUGCAGAUUCAACCAAUUCUCAAAGCGAAAAAGAAACACAUAUAGCUUUCGAAAUUCUGUGUACAUUAUAUAUAUCACGUUACGUAUAAGAUCAUAGAGUAGUGCACAUAACAGCCAUUUUUUUAGGUUUAUCGACUUGCAAGUAAUAAGGAAAUCAGGGAAAUCCUAUGAAGCUCUUUACAUAUCAAUGAUAAUACAUAAUCUUUGUGUAGCAAAUGAACUCUUGAGAUCAUUGAAGAAGUCAUUUAAAGAAUCAAUCUUGAAAAGAUCAAAGAGAACCGAGUAUUUGAUGUUGCACACCAUGUGUUUGAUGAAUUGCCUGAAUGGAGUUGUAAGCCUGAUCUAUGUGCUUUUUACCCUUGUUUCAACCACAAUCUAUCUAAUUCGAAAGUGAAAAGCUAAAAAAGAUUCAAAGCAGGGAUUUUUAUCAACAAAAUUCUUGCCAUUUACAUACAUAUAGUGUAUAUAUCUAUCCAAGCAAAACAAAG